GCCAGAGUGGCGUUGCCAUGGUGAGGACACACCGCAGCCAGAUGGGACCCCCAGACCCGAGUCCUGGAACUUCAACAGGCAUCUCUUUGCCCAAAAUCAUCUUGGAUCCUAUGCCUGGGAGGUCCAGCCUUAGCCACAAAAGUAGCUUCUGCCCUGGGACGCAAGAGAAUAGAAAAAUGGAGGAUGUGGAAAGGAACUUCAAAGACAGUUUCAUUUUUGGGAAGAAAAUGGAUUCCCUGAAAAAUCUUCCUCCCAGAAACAAUAUUAGCAUAGAGAACUUGGGGAAGAUGAAGACAGUUCGAAGUGGAAAAGUCUACAGACAGAUUUUUGAUGAUGAGGUCCAACUUGUGCGCUCUUUGGCAAACAGUCGAAAAAAGGCAAUGGAACAUGUCGGAACUUUGAAGAGUGGAAAGAUCCCAUUACUCAGGAACUUUGAGACACCAACAGGUCAACUCUUAUCUCCUCGUCAGAAAAUGUGGGCUGAGGCUCUACCUAAUGACAAAUCUAUAGAAAACCCUGUUUUGUACAGGGAACUCCAAAUAGCUACCAUAGAAAGGAACAGAGAAAGUGAAGAUGUGAUUGCAGCUCGAGAAGUGAGAGGUCUAAGUGACUUUACUGUUCCUGAGAAGAUUAAUAGUGACAUCAUUCAGAGGUUAGAUAAACGAAGAAGACAUGUCCAUGAGGCCAACCUGAAAAAUCUACAGAAAGAAAUAUCAGAGAUUGGAGUGGAAAUGGAAUCUCUUACCAUGGAACCUGGAAAGGAGCUUUUGGAAAAACUGUCAGAGAAUGAUGAAAAUAUUGACCGUCUCUUCAAAGAAAUGGAAAGUGAUAUGGAGUCGGAUAUGAUCCAAAUUGAGCAUUUGUGGGAACUAUGGGAUAAACUGAGUAAGAAAUUUGCAAACAGAAGAAAAUGGAUCAAAGACUUUGAAACAGCAUUGAAAAAACUUGAAGCCUACAGAGCUAAGAAAUUAGGGGAAGUACUGAAGAAAUACACAGAAAUUUUAAAAGAUGUUGCCUAUCUCCUCUCUCCUGAUAUAGACAGGCUGAUUCAUAAAGAAGCUAUGAUCAUAAACCAAGCCCUACUGGGAAAUCAAAGAGCCGUUGCUAAACUGUUGAUUAAUCUGCUGGAGGCCAAUCUAAAGCAGGAAGUCAGUAAUCACCACAGAUGGCAAGAUCUGAUGAAAGUAUGGAAGAACAUGAAGAAGGAAUUAAUGAUUCGGAAUUUCAGGGAAUUCAUGGAUAGUGAGAGUAUCCAUCAUCCUCUGUCUGUAAAGGUAGAAAUGGAUCACCUGAUAAAGGAUCUGGAAAACUUAAACCAGAAGAGAAUUAGAAUUCUCAACUCAAUUAGUGAUAUUUUGCCUCCAGGCUUUACAAAAGAUAACUUGGAUCAAUGGUAUGAUUCUCUUCGGUCUUUGAAUAAAGAGUUAGAUUACUGCAUUUUGGAGGGCAUGAUGAGAAUUCGCUUUCAUAAUGAAGAAAAUUGGCGACAGUGUCUGGACUUUGUGGAGCAGUGCAAGAAUCAACUACUGGACUGGAAAGUUUUCUCAUUAGAAGAGAUAGAAUAUUCUGUGAAUCACUCCUUCCUCCACAUAGUUGGAAAUCUUCAGAAUCAGGUGGAAAAUGAACUGGAAAUGAUGAGUGCUGCCCUCGAGGAGGCAGCUAAACAGGCAGAGGUACAGAUUGAAGAUCUAUUCAAGUAUUUACAGAACACUCUUCACCUUUGGGAAGUCCAUCAGAACCACCUGAUCCAGGAAGAAAUAAAUCUUGAAAAGAAAAUAGAACAGAAUCGCUAUAAACACAAUUAUGAGACAGAGUUAAAGGAAGCCUGCCUAGAUAUUGUUCUGGAUCAAAUGAGACAACAAAACAAUGAGGACGGUUUGAAGCGUUACCUGGACAAAGCUUACUUCCUGCUUUAUAACAUUAAAAAAAAGUAUGAAAAUUUUCACAAUGACCUUGUAAAUGAAGUAAAUGGUUUUCCAUUUUCUAUACUGAAAGUGUUGCAGGACUACAGCAUUUCUAUCAGUCGAUAUUUUUAUGUUAGAGAAAUCUAUGAUCAGAGCAUAGAUGGUGAGGUGAUAAUAAAGUUUAGAGACCCAGAUGAGGUUCUAGAAGAGAGUCCCUCUCAUCUAAAAGAUAUCAUUAAAAAAAUCUUCAAGCUUGACAUGGAAAGCAAGAUAUCUCCUUCUGAGAGUGAAGAGAUAAUAUACAAGAGAAAAAGUAAAAGCAAUGCCAGCUUGCCUCCAGAAGAGGCAAGAGCAAUCGAAGAGCACUCAGCUUCAGAAAUGGAGGAGGAUGCCAAGAGCUUGAAAGAAAGCAUCAUACUCGAAAGUGAGGAGACACAGAUGUCCAAAGUGAGCCUUUUCCAGGAAACUGAAAUGCUGGAGACCCCAGAAGAAAGCUCUGAAGUCUUAGAAGAAUGGACAGGGAACCAGAUGCCGGAAAGCCUGGAAGCCCUCACCUCUCUCGAGGUUCAACCUGGGAUCAUAUCAGAACAGGAGAGUACAAUGGAAAGUACUGGAGUAUUGGAGUCCUUCACAACUUCGAGUGGAAACAAGUAUUUGGUCUUUUCAUUUGGUGAAGAAAGUGAAAGUAAAUUGGUUGAUACUAUAUCAGCAGAAGACAUUCCUCAGGAUACUGUUGCAUGCCUGAAACAUGUGAUUUUACCAUCCCAAUUGUUUUCAGGAUUAAAAAAACGAAUCUGCCUUGAGUUUUUUGAACACCUUGAGAAGUGGUUUGGUCAGACCUUGGCCAAAUCCAGGAUGAUCAUGGCUGCAAAGACUGAUGAGCUGGAUUCAGAACUGAAGCUGCGUCUCCACAUACAUAAACCAAGAGCCAAACAAAUAAAGACAGAAAUCCACAAUGUCAGAGCAGCGGAGAUAUUGUUUCACCAAGAACGGCUGGACCGUCACUGUACCAGCAUCUUAGAAAUGCUGAGGAGAGAGAGAAUCAUGUUCUACAAAUUCCAUGAAGAACAAAACACCAAGAACAAAAACUUCCGGAAUUGGAUGCUUAGCAUAGAGCAAGCCUUCCUCAACACCACCACCAGUCGGAAUCUGACUCUGUUCAGCUCCAAUUUGAACAGAGAGCUGCUUUCUUAUGUAGACGUUAUACAGCUAUCCCUUCGUGGUUUCCGACAUUAUCUAGAAGAGAACAUGGAGAAACUCCGACUUGCGAAUAUGGAUUUUCUUAAAAAAUGCAGAUUGUUUUCAGAGGGAGGGAAUUUCUCUCCUGAUGAAUUGAGCAUAUUUUGUAGUCGACUGGAAAAGGAAUCCUUACGAAUUGAAUUUAUUGAGAGUUUUAUCAUGAUGAAGAUGGAGAAAAUGGAGAAUGAAUAUGUAGAGCAGGCAAAUGAGAUAAUCAACAAAUUUGAAAGUAAAUUCCAUAACCUAUCAGUGGAUCUCAUUUUUAUAGAGAAAAUCCAGCGAUUUUUGACAAAUCUGCAAGUGAAUAUCAAGGCAGAGGUGUUCAAAUCUAAUUUUCAAACUGAGACAUUAAAUAAUGCUCUAAAAGAACUUAACCACAAGAUAAGUAUUUGCGGUCAAGACGUUAUGGACCAAGAAACUGUGUGUGCAGAAGACCUAUACAGUUUUUCCAAACAUAUAGUGGAAAAACUAACUCAAAGGAUUCACUAUCUUAACUGCCAUUUGGAUCACCAGGGAGCUGGUGCAAACACAGACAAUAUUCUCUUUAUAGCCGACAUGACUGAAGAGGAAAACAAGGCAGAAUUAAUUAAAGAAACACUUCUUCAACCCAGUCGGAUGGGAAAAACAAUGCUUGAUGAUGUGGCUGUGGAAAUAAUCAAAAACGUCCUUCAACUUCCAGAACAAAAGCGUGAUCGAGAACAUGGUGGCAAAAUCAAAGGGAAACGUCCAAGACGACGGACAGACAGCAUCAUCCCAAAUAAAGACAUAAAGAAGAUCUUAUCAGUGAGCAGUAACAUAUCACAGGGAAGUGUUCUACGAUACUCCCGACCAAAUCGACAAGACAAGAAGUAUCAGGUGUUUGGGGAGAAGCCUGAACGUAUUGAAUUUCAUUUUAAAAAUAUCAUCCACUCACUUCUCUGGGAAGCCAACGACAUUUUGCUUUUAAUAACAGAGGAAUUUUACCGUAAAGACAAACAUACAGUCACCAGACCUGAUUAUAUGCAGGAUACUUUUGACCAAUGUGUUGAAGUGUUUGGGAAGAAGCUCUUAGAGUAUGGGAACCAGUCAGAUGAAUACUAUAAUUCCUGUCUCAUAGAGUUACGGGAGCAGUUAAAGGAAUUUGAGGAACAGUUGCCUCAUGUGGCUAAUCUCGUCAUGGAAAACUUUCUCCACAAACACUGGGAGACUCUUCAGUCCAGCAAAGCUGAGAUCGAGGGACAAUUCAAAGAAGAACUGGAAGAGUGGUUAAAGAUAAGGGAUAAAAAUAACCUAGAGUUACAUUCAGACCUUGGACAUCCAAAUAACUACAACAUUAUGGAGUCUUUGUGCGAAGAUGAAAUAAAGAGGCAGACGGAUCAGAAUACUGGAAUUUUGUCUACUGCAGAUAAACUAGAGGAAUGUGUCAAGAAAUGUGCCCGGAAAUUUAUAAACUCCUUGACUGUCUUGACUGAGAAAUUACUUCAACAAAUGGAUGAAAUCCCCACAGUUGAUGAUGUCCAAGCAGCAAAAAUGGAGCCAGUCAGGCAAAAAGUGUCAGCCUUAAUGCGAAGGAAAAUUGCUGGGCUUCCCUCAGAAGAAGAAAAAGAAAAGCCACAAAGUGAACGCGGAAGCAAGAAGUGGCCAGGAAUGCUCCCUACAACAUUCAGUAUUCACCACAAAAUUUACAUGAGAGCAGCACCUCCAAUCAUAACCAACAAAAAUAGUCUGGGUCACCAAGCAGUAGUGGAAGCAAGAGAUGUUAUAUAUGCGAAAUAUCUGGAGGAUUUACAGUUGGAACUGAACAAGAUAAAGGAAGAAAAGGAUAUUCAGCUAACUAAAGCUGAGAACUGGAAGGGCUGGUGGACUCGUUCAGUAAAAACCAUUAAGGAUAUGUAUUUUUAAUCCCUUUUUACCCUUUUCUUAUGUAUGCACUUAGGUUUAAAAACACUGAUGCUUUUUUUUUCUACAAAUAAAAAUUUGGUUGUACUAGU